ACAGAAUUUGAUGUAAUGUGGUACUCAUACUGUUCUACAUUUAUAUUUAUUAUUCUAUUAAUUAUGUUUAUUUUUUAUACAGUGUUUAUAAUUUAUUUAUAUUUUUAUCUACAGUAUUUUUUCAUAUUUUAGCGGCUUAGCCGUAUAACUUUAAAGCUCAAAGCUCUUAUUUAAACUAUUAAUGAGUUCUUUGGUCAUAAGGCAUAUAAGCUGAACCCAGAAGAACCAAAUUCAAACGAAUAGGACCAAAAUGUUUCUUACAGAAAAAUAGACAAAGGCUUUUUUUCCCAAGAUGUAUUCUUGUUAUGGCGACAGUUUAAAUUAAACAAUACAAACUUCUUCUUUUUUUUUCACUGUCUGGAUGUAGUUAUGUGCUUGUCGUCAAAAUUAUAAAUUUUUUAAUGUUUUCAAAAGCAAUGUCUAGAUAAAUGUUAUCAUAAUCUGUCUUCUUAAGUAGCCUAGCCUAUUUCUUAAGAAUUAUCUCGGAUUGUGCACUUAACCUUUAUUAAGGCGGUAACAUUUAUUUUGCCUUGCUGUCAUGUUAUCUUAAUUACUUUCUUUUUGGCUUAAUUAACACUAACAAAAAUUACUAAACGUGACAAAGAAUCUAUAAAAGGGUUCCAGAAGUUAGUCAUUUUAAAGCUAAGCCUAUAAACUGUAAAUAUUAUUUAUAAAAGCCAUAGAUAACACAUAAUUAUUUGUAAUUAUUCAAUGCGUUCUAUUUUUGUUACAUCGCGCCUUUUAUGGAAGUAAUAUUACAAUGAUUCAAAAGCUGCGCGACUCAAUCGUUGAUUGGAGCGUGAGGUGGUUUCUAUGGAGACGUGCGCGUAUUCUCGCGAUAUUCAGCUAAGUUAUCUCACUCCUUGUUUCGCUAUGUGCUUUAGCAUAUCUGUCCAAGAUGAGUGAUGAUGAGCAACAAGCUGAAGCCGAUUCGUGGAAGUAAAUAACCUGCCAGAUAUUAACAUUUGUCAGAGAGUCCACUUGUACACUUUGUGGCGACAAUUCAGUGUUAACUAGAGACAGGAUAUGAAGUCUGAAGACCUGUAAAUCCUGUAAUAUCAACUUAGUUGAGAUGGCAUCACGCCCCAUUUCUUAUGACAGCCAUUUGAGUGACUCCGAAAAUUGGGAUCACAGGACAACUUGUCGGUCAAGGAGAAUUUGCAAACCCUCAAGUGGUCAGCCACGUAGAGCUCAGCAGGAGGAAGAGUUGGUGAAAAUGAAUCUGCAUGGAGCCAGUGGAGGAGGAAACCUGGAUCACACCAGGGAGCGACGACGGUCUGGAGAUCGCUCCAGGGACUCUUCACAUGAGAGGGGUGAAGGACAGCUGACCCCUUGCAUCAGGAACGUCACUUCGCCCAUACGCCAGAAUCUCAGUGAUCGUGAACGGGAUUCUGGUUGCUCAUCACGCUCCACGAGUCCCAGACAACAGAAAGCAUGCACCUCCAGCUUGUUCUAUGGUGACCCCCAUGGUAAAACCUAUAUCUCAUCUGACAUGAUCUAUGUGUGUGAAAAGGAGAGCCCUCGUAGUUUGAGGACUACCGAAAGAGUUACUCUGAUUGUGGAUAACACACGUUUUGUGGUCGACCCAUCUAUCUUCACUGCCCAACCCAACACCAUGCUUGGCAGGAUGUUCGGAUCUGGAAGGGAACACAACUUCACACGUCCUAAUGAAAUGGGCGAGUAUGAGGUUGCAGAGGGAAUCAGCUCCACUGUGUUUAGAGCCAUUUUGGAUUAUUACAAAUCAGGGAUAAUCCGCUGCCCUGAUGGGAUCUUCAUCCCGGAGCUGAGAGAGGCAUGUGACUACCUUUGCAUUGCCUUUGACUACAGCACCAUCAAGUGCAGAGACCUCAGUGCACUCAUGCACGAGCUGUCUAACGAUGGCGCCCGGCGGCAGUUUGAGUUUUAUCUGGAGGAGAUGGUCCUGCCUUUGAUGGUGGCGAGCGCUCAGAGCGGAGAGAGGGAGUGUCAUGUGGUGGUGCUGACCGACGAUGAUGUGGUGGAUUGGGAUGAAGAAUAUCCACCGCAGAUGGGAGAGGAAUACUCACAAAUUAUAUACAGCACAAAACUAUACCGGUUCUUCAAAUACAUUGAAAACCGAGACGUUGCCAAGUCAGUUCUGAAGGAGAGAGGACUGAAGAAAAUUCGAUUAGGCAUUGAAGGAUACCCCACUUAUAAAGAAAAGGUAAAGAAGCGACCUGGUGGGCGUCCUGAAGUAAUUUAUAACUAUGUCCAGAGACCCUUCAUUCGAAUGUCCUGGGAGAAAGAGGAAGGUAAAAGCCGACAUGUGGACUUCCAGUGUGUGAAAAGCAAGUCCAUCACCAACCUCGCCGCAGCCGCUGCAGACAUUCCUCAGGACCAGCUCGUGGUCAUGCACCCUGGGCCUCAGGUGGAUGAAUUGGACAUACUCCCUAACCACCACCCCCAACCCAGCCAUCAUUACGACCCUGAUCCUGAUGCCCCGUCCCCGGUCAUCUGACCCACACACAUCCCCUUACCACCACCUCAGUCAAAUAACUGCCACUGAUCACUGCAGAGAGAGGCGAAGUCCUGCUGCCAAGACUGCAUUGCCUUUCUUCAAGUCCUCUCCCGCCUUACAAGUCAUGAAGACCUGAUUGCUGCGGCAGUAGAAAUGUGAAAUGCCCUUUGUACACUAUGCCUUUCUUUCUCCCUAUAGACUUUAAUUAAAGGAGAUUUUUAUUUUAUUUAUUUAGGCACACCUUUGGUUAGUAUUUGAAGUGUUUGAUUGUACUAUGUGGUGCUGUCUGACUAAGCAAUAAAAGGGAGCACAACCCACUCUAAACCUCUAAUCAUGUUUAUACUGUAAGCACGUAGGGCUUGGCGAUAUAUUGAGUAUAUGGAAUUUAAAAUUUAGCAAAAUGUAUGAAUAUUGUGAUUAUUUUAUCGUGCUCUUUAUUUGGUCCUUUCGUUUUCCAAACACCUCAUCAUUAGGCUAGUUUUGCAAUUAUGUCUCAUCUUGCACCACGCAAAUAUUAGAGAAUUAAGACGAAGAUGUUGUAAUCCCAUCUAAAAUUAAGCAAACUCAAGAAGCAAACAUGACAAUGUAGUUUGUAUGUUUGAUAAAAAAAUUGAAUCAGUCCAAAUCGUCCAUUUAACAGAACUGAUUAAAAACUCGGAUUUAACGAUUUGUAAGAGUGAAUCAGUUUAAACCAUCUAUUUUAAAGAACUGAUUCAAAACUUGGAAGCGUAGCGGUAGUUCUGCCAGGAAGGCUCAUAGUAGCAUACACAAUUCAUUAAAUCAGGCGUCUCGUCCAAUCAUAAUCCAGCUUCUUACAAUAUGCAUUGUUUUCACCCCCAUCCACCUCACCUCCAGUUUUGGUCCCGUCCUGUUGAAGGGUAAGUCCCUCUCCCCUGCCGUUCAUCUUCCAUCAGGAUCUGGUAGAACUGAUUCAAAACUCAGAUUUAAUUAUAUGUUUGUGAGAAUCAAUUUAAACCGUCUAGUUCAAAGAACUGUUUCAAAACUCAGAUUCAUGACAUUUGUUGCAGGGCUCAAUGUUCUCCAUUCUGAUCUUUUCUAUUUGCAAAAGUAAUGUUUGGGAGUCUAACAUUUAUAUUUAUUUUUGACACACUAAAGCUGAAGAUAUAAAUAACCAUAAGAUAAUUGCUUUUGCACA